AAUUGCAUCCAAAGAAGCAUCUCCAACUUCUCAAUUUGUUGUAUUUUGUGCAAAACCCAACUCACAGAGAAGAGCAUGGCGAGGCUGAGAGAGUUGAGAAAGGGUUUCAAAGCUAUUCAAGAUUCUGAACUUGUCAACCUCUUCAAAUCUGAAAUCAACUUCGAACUUUCUUCCAAUCACUUUCAGAAUGCUCAAAUUGGUUCUUUAGGUGAAUUUUUAGUGGACUCUGAUUCACCACAUUCCAAAGAUGUGAUUUUGAGAAGAAAAUGUGAUUCGGGUGAGGAAGUUGCUCUUUCAGCUAUAUUGGGUCCUCCUAACUAUGAAAAUGAUCUUAUUUUUGUAAGAGAUGUUUUCAUCAAAGUAUGUGUAAAGAAACCAGCUUUGUCCUCUAUCUUGCAAUUUGACUGUAGAGCUUAUCAACAAACUGAUCAAACCUCUCAAUUUGAAAUCAACAAUGCUUAUUAUCUUAAAUCACCUGCGUGUCUUGGCUCUUCCAUUUACCGAGGCCCCUUAUUCAGUGAAUUGGAUUUUAAGUUGCAAAAUGCAUUCAAGGAAUACCUGAUAACCAAGGGCAUUGGAGGAAGCUUAACCAAUUUCCUUCUCCACUACCUACACACAAGAGAGCAAAAGCAAUAUGUGAACUGGUUGAAAACAGAUUUGCACUCAAGCGGCAAGAGGAAGAGGAGUAGAUAUUUAUCAGUAUCUGAACCCCAAGAAGAUAUUUAAAUUACAGAAAACGUGUGGAAAUGUUCUUCAAAUCAAGAUAGAUGAUGAUGUCUAAACGCAAAAUGCAAGUGAUGAACAAGAGUUUCACUUUUCAUCUCCUUAUGGUUAUAAAUCAUUUGUAACCGGUUUUAAUUGAAAUAUGUUUAUGGUCUUAGCUGCAUAGUUAAGAGUGUGUGCUGAAUAUUAAUAUUUUUCUCUUUAAUAUCAUUAAAAAGAGCGGAUUUUAGAUCAAAUUUU